AUGAGUGCGCACUGGGCUAACCCACGACGUUUCCUUUUUGCCCGCAAAAAGGAAACGGAGAAACCGACGUGGAGGAUGCGACAUAAAAUUGACUAG